AAUUAAUGACUACUGUUUACAGUGAUUUACUCCCCCUGACGUCUUCGGAGAAAUCUUGCUCCGAAAGAAAAGCCAUUGCUUUGUUACCCUAUCAGCCAGCCAGAAGGCAAGAGACUGUCAGGCAUGGAGAGGCUUCAAAGGAUGUUCGCAGGUGCAGGAGGCGCCUUGGGGCAUCCGCCCCCUGAUUCGCCCACCCUUGAUUCAGCUGAGCAGGUUUAUAUCUCCUCGUUGGCCCUUCUCAAAAUGCUUAAGCACGGUAGGGCUGGUGUUCCCAUGGAAGUGAUGGGCUUGAUGUUGGGAGAGUUUGUGGAUGAGUACACUGUCCGCGUCGUAGAUGUCUUUGCGAUGCCACAGAGUGGUACCGGUGUUAGUGUUGAAGCUGUGGAUCAUGUUUUUCAGACUAACAUGCUCGAUAUGCUGAAACAGACUGGAAGGCCAGAGAUGGUUGUGGGUUGGUAUCAUUCCCAUCCUGGAUUUGGUUGUUGGCUUUCUGGAGUGGACAUAAAUACACAACAGAGUUUUGAGGCUUUAAAUCAACGAGCUGUGGCUGUGGUGGUUGAUCCUAUUCAGAGUGUUAAAGGCAAGGUGGUGAUUGAUGCUUUUAGGCUUAUCAAUCCACAGACUAUGAUGCUGGGCCAGGAACCACGGCAAACAACUUCUAACCUUGGUCAUCUUAAUAAGCCAUCUAUACAAGCUUUGAUCCAUGGCUUGAACCGGCAUUAUUAUUCCAUAGCAAUCAAUUACAGGAAAAAUGAGCUUGAAGAGAAGAUGCUACUUAACCUUCACAAGAAGAAAUGGACUGAUGGUUUGACACUGAGGCGUUUUGACUCACAUUCCAAAACUAAUGAACAGACUGUCCAGGAGAUGCUGAAUCUAGCCGUCAAGUACAACAAGGCAGUGCAAGAAGAGGAUGAGCUUUCGCCAGAAAAGCUUGCAAUAGCCAACGUGGGAAGGCAAGAUGCUAAGAAGCACCUUGAAGAGCACGUUUCCAAUUUGAUGUCUUCUAACAUUGUUCAGACUUUGGGAAUGAUGCUAGAUACCGUUGUAUUUUAGAGUUAGGACCAUCCAAAUAACUUGCUGAUCAUGCCGGGCAGUCGUUUAUUCAUUUCGUGUGUCCUUCCAAGUUUCAAUUUGUCUUUAGGGGAUAUUAUGUUGGUCCCACCCCCCUCUCUUAUCCCCUUUUUGCGAAGUAUGUUGAUAAUUCUUGCUUUUUGGUCUCAAAACGUUUUUUAAGGACUGCCAAGUUAUUUUGAGCAUAUUGUCACGGGAUUAGUCCUUUGACUCCUACGGCAUUUAAAUACUCUUCAUUGAAAGAUGUUAUGUAAGUUUGAUUUAUUGAGAAGUGGAUGUUUGGUUAAGUUGAAGAAUGAAAAUCUUGAAAGCAAAGGAUGGUUGAAA